AUGAUAUGGAAUUUAUUUGACAGGUUAAGAAUAUUUAAUAUAGUUUAUAAGGAGCUAACUUAAAAACCACUAAGUGGGUUGAAGGCAGUAAAAAUUGGAUUAACCAUACAUUUGGUUUAAUAUGAGUUUUAAAUAGGAAAAAUAGUAGCUGAGUAAAUGAUCUCAAGCGAUAAUAAACUGUAAGUAAUUUAGACUCAGAGUUAUGGACAAUUUGUACAGAAUUAUUUGAUGUAACUAUUCAAGUUGGCUUAGAAUGUAAAAUUAUUUUACUCUUGUAAAAUUGGAUAAUACCCAACCUUUGAUUAGUAAUUCAUUUACACUUAUGAGACCGAGUCUACUCGAGAGAAUCAAAUAAACUAGUUUAGAAUCUUCAAGAAAUACAAAUCUACAAUAUCGAGAAUAUCAAUAGUAGAAGCUGGAAAAUAAUUUAUCCAACAAGAUUGGUUACAUAACAAUAGACUAGAAAAUUCUCUAUUUAUUUAAAUUACAAAAUUUAUUGAAUCAAUGCAUCCAGGUUUUGAAUUUGUGUAUAGGUGUAUGUUAAAUAGAAAAAUAAGACAUCAAAGUGUGCAGAACUGCUUGAUUCAUUUUAAUUCUUGCCAUUUUAAAAACAAUAAUCAUUAUAAUAGGUAUAUUGGGCUUACCACUAAUUCUACAAAGAAUAACAAGUGGAUAUAAAAUAAUAAAAAGUGCUUUGACAGUUAAAACAUUGUCAAGUAGCCAUUAUGGUUUGAAGAGAAUAUCCAAAUUAAUAGAGAACAAGAUUACUACUAUUGCAAAUUCAAUAUCUUUAUUCUGGAAGAAUCUUGA